AUGAGCUCUGGUCCUCCUGUGUCUAAGAACUUCUCCACCUUCAAGCCACUGUCCUCUAAAGACGCUAUGGAAGAGCAUCUCUUAUUAGACUCCAUCGCCUGGCCGACAGCACCCUUUCUGUCGCCUCAUUUUUCAUUAGAGCAGACGACUGAUCCUGCCCACAGCACCUUUACCAUUCUCCCACUGAGCGGUGGAGUACAGUGGCAUGUAGGAGAUCAGCUGGAGGUUGGGAUUCAAAUGAAAGACUUCCAGGGACAUGCCAAGAAGUCUGGGGGAGAUUUCUUACUAGCCCGGCUGCACAACAGGAAACUUGAAGCAGGCGUGGCUGGGCGCGUGGUGGAUCACCUGAACGGCUCCUACUCUGCUGUCUUCACUUUACUCUGGGAAGGAAGUGCUCAGGUUGAGGUGACGCUGGUUCAUCCUAGUGAGGCUGUCUCAGUUCUGCAGCAACUGGCCAGAGAACAGCCCUUCAGGAUUUUCUUUAAGAGCACCUUCCGCUCAGGCACAGUCUCUGAAAACAGCUCCUGUAAUGCUUAUCUACGUCAGACCAACCAGCCACUGUGCAACUUCACAGACCCACGAACGGGUGAGCCGUGGUUCUGCUACAAGCCAAAAAAGCUGAGCUGUGAUGCUAGGAUCAACCAUAUGAGAGGAGAACCCCGGAUAAAACUUGGGGCCAAGGAGAAGAAGCUGCUCCAACGGAAACUCAAUAUGAAAGUCUCCAUCCAGGCUUCAGGACCUUCCAGUGUCACUGUGUUUCCACCAAAGAAAGACCAACCCAAGGUCAGAAAGUCUAGCAGGAAGUCUGGAGUCUCUGGGUAUUACUAUCAGGGUGUGUGGCAAUCACUAUGUGGCGCUAAGGUCCACCAGUUCAAUGACUCAUCCGCCAUCAGGGAAUGUCUGAAAGGGAAGAUGGUCUACAUGUAUGGGGACUCCACCAUCAGGCAGUGGUUUGAGUACCUCAGUGCUUUACUGCCAGAUGCUAAAGAGCUGUUCUUGACCAGUCCAAACAGAACGGGACCUUUCAUGAUGUGGGACAUCACUAAAAACAUCCAGGUGACCUACCACUGCCAUGGUCCUCCUCUUAGUUUUAACCCAAUCCCUACCAGUCAGCUGCGGUACAUCGCCAAUGAACUGGAUGGGUUACUUGGUGGAAACAACACAGUUGUAGUCGUUGGUAUCUGGGCUCACUUCAGCCCAUUCCCUAUUGAGCUCUACAUCAGACGACUGCAGAAUAUCCGCAAGGCGGUGGUCCGUCUACUGAGCAGGGCUCCCGGGACGCUGGUGGUCAUCAGGACCGCAAACCUCAGGGACCUGACAACUAACCUGGCAUUAGUUCACAGUGACUGGUACACAUUUCAGCGGUACAGAGUGCUCAGAGCCAUAUUCGAAGGACUAAAGGUUCAAAUCGUGGAUGCCUGGGAGAUGAACCUGGCCCAUCACCUGCCACACAACCUUCACCCACAACCUCCCAUCCUUAAGAACAUGGUAAACACACUCCUGUCCUACAUAUGUCCACUAUAG